GCAAAAGCUUCCGGCCCACCAUCUUUGUCCCUGGCAAACUGGGUUUUGCGCAGUGGCUUAGAUCUAGAAAGAAUCGUGACGACGGGGAGGAAACCAUUACACCACCACCCGGGCUGUGCUCUCCGGCUGCCGACGCCACCCCGCCCUUGCCUCCGGUACACUUUAAAGAUCCAGAAUCAUGACUGACUCCAAGUACUUCACAACCAAUAAGAAGGGAGAAAUCUUCGAGUUAAAAGCUGAACUCAACAAUGAAAAGAAAGAAAAGAGGAAGGAGGCUGUGAAAAAGGUGAUUGCUGCUAUGACCGUGGGGAAGGAUGUCAGCUCUCUCUUCCCGGAUGUUGUGAACUGUAUGCAGACUGACAACUUGGAACUAAAGAAGCUUGUGUACCUCUAUCUGAUGAACUAUGCCAAGAGUCAGCCAGACAUGGCCAUCAUGGCUGUCAACAGCUUUGUGAAGGAUUGUGAAGAUCCCAAUCCUUUGAUUCGAGCUUUGGCAGUUAGAACCAUGGGGUGCAUCCGGGUGGACAAGAUUACAGAAUAUCUCUGUGAACCCCUCCGUAAGUGCUUGAAGGAUGAAGACCCCUAUGUUCGGAAAACAGCAGCAGUGUGUGUGGCAAAACUCCAUGAUAUCAAUGCCCAGAUGGUGGAAGAUCAGGGAUUUCUGGAUUCUCUACGGGAUCUCAUAGCAGAUUCAAAUCCAAUGGUGGUGGCUAAUGCUGUAGCAGCAUUGUCUGAGAUCAGUGAAUCUCACCCAAACAGCAAUUUACUUGAUCUGAACCCUCAGAAUAUCAAUAAGCUGCUCACAGCCCUGAAUGAGUGUACAGAAUGGGGCCAGAUUUUCAUCCUGGACUGCCUGUCUAAUUACAACCCUAAAGAUGACCGAGAAGCUCAGAGCAUCUGUGAGCGAGUAACUCCUCGGCUAUCCCAUGCCAAUUCUGCAGUGGUGCUUUCAGCGGUGAAAGUUCUAAUGAAGUUCCUAGAACUGUUACCCAAGGACUCUGACUACUACAAUAUGCUGCUGAAGAAGUUAGCGCCUCCACUGGUCACUCUGCUGUCUGGGGAGCCAGAAGUGCAGUAUGUCGCCCUGAGGAACAUCAAUCUAAUUGUCCAGAAAAGGCCUGAAAUCUUGAAGCAGGAAAUCAAAGUCUUCUUUGUGAAGUACAAUGAUCCUAUCUAUGUUAAACUAGAGAAAUUGGACAUCAUGAUUCGUCUUGCAUCCCAGGCCAACAUUGCUCAGGUCCUGGCAGAGCUAAAGGAAUAUGCCACUGAGGUCGACGUGGACUUUGUUCGCAAAGCCGUGAGGGCCAUUGGCCGGUGUGCCAUCAAAGUGGAGCAAUCAGCGGAACGCUGUGUAAGCACAUUGCUCGAUCUAAUCCAGACCAAAGUAAAUUAUGUGGUCCAAGAGGCAAUUGUUGUCAUCAGGGACAUCUUCCGCAAAUACCCCAACAAGUAUGAAAGUAUCAUUGCCACUCUCUGUGAGAACUUGGACUCCCUGGAUGAGCCCGAUGCUCGAGCAGCUAUGAUUUGGAUUGUAGGAGAAUACGCCGAAAGAAUCGAUAAUGCGGAUGAAUUACUAGAGAGCUUCCUGGAGGGCUUUCAUGAUGAAAGUACCCAGGUGCAGCUUACGCUGCUUACCGCCAUAGUAAAGCUGUUUCUCAAGAAGCCAUCGGAAACACAGGAGCUGGUCCAACAGGUCUUGAGCUUGGCCACACAGGAUUCUGAUAACCCUGACCUUCGAGAUCGGGGUUAUAUUUAUUGGCGCCUUCUUUCAACUGACCCUGUGACAGCCAAAGAAGUAGUGUUGUCUGAGAAGCCGUUGAUCUCUGAAGAGACAGACCUCAUUGAGCCUACCCUCCUGGAUGAGCUCAUCUGCCACAUUGGCUCUUUGGCCUCCGUGUACCAUAAACCUCCAAAUGCUUUUGUGGAAGGGAGUCAUGGGAUUCAUCGCAAACACCUGCCAAUUCAUCAUGGGAGCACUGAUGCAGGUGAUAGUCCUGUUGGCACCACCACUGCAACCAACCUGGAGCAGCCUCAGGUUAUCCCCUCUCAAGGGGACCUUCUGGGGGAUCUCUUAAAUCUUGACCUGGGUCCCCCAGUGAAUGUGCCACAAGUGUCCUCCAUGCAGAUGGGAGCUGUGGAUCUUUUGGGAGGAGGACUGGAUAGCCUGCUUGGCAGUGACCUUGGCGGGGGCAUUGGAGGAAGUCCGGCAGUAGGACAAUCUUUCAUCCCAUCAUCGGUGCCUGCGACCUUCGCUCCUUCACCUACUCCUGCUGUGGUCAGCAGCGGUUUGAAUGACCUGUUUGAGCUUUCCACGGGGAUAGGCAUGGCGCCUGGCGGAUAUGUGGCUCCUAAGGCGGUCUGGCUACCUGCAGUAAAGGCUAAAGGCUUGGAGAUCUCAGGCACGUUCACUCACCGCCAAGGGCACAUCUAUAUGGAAAUGAACUUCACCAACAAAGCUCUGCAGCACAUGACAGACUUUGCCAUCCAGUUCAACAAGAAUAGUUUUGGUGUCAUCCCAAGCACUCCCUUGGCCAUCCAUACUCCACUGAUGCCAAACCAGAGCAUUGAUGUCUCUCUGCCUCUCAACACCUUGGGCCCAGUCAUGAAGAUGGAACCUCUGAACAACUUGCAGGUGGCUGUUAAAAACAAUAUUGAUGUCUUCUACUUCAGUUGCCUCAUCCCACUCAAUGUGCUUUUUGUAGAAGAUGGCAAAAUGGAGCGCCAGGUCUUCCUUGCGACAUGGAAGGAUAUUCCCAAUGAAAAUGAACUUCAGUUUCAGAUUAAGGAAUGCCAUUUAAAUGCUGACACAGUUUCCAGCAAGCUGCAAAACAACAAUGUUUACACGAUUGCCAAGAGGAAUGUGGAGGGGCAAGACAUGCUGUACCAGUCCCUGAAGCUCACUAAUGGCAUUUGGAUUUUGGCCGAGCUACGGAUCCAGCCAGGAAACCCCAAUUAUACGCUGUCGCUGAAGUGUAGAGCCCCUGAAGUCUCUCAGUACAUCUAUCAGGUCUACGACAGCAUUUUGAAAAACUAAUAAAUGGGUCCUGUACCCUCCAGCCACCCUGUAAUCGGUGCAAGCCAAGAACUCUUAACUGAAGGAAGUCGUACUGCUGUGUAGAGCCUGAACACUGCGCCACCCACCCCGGUAGUGACCAGUCACCCUGUGCUGACAUUAGCAUUCACCCCGUUGGAUAGGUUAGCUUCCUGUGACACGUGUGACCACUGCUUCCGUCAUUCCCCACCUCUGCCACCUGCCGCUGCCCUCAGGCCUUCCUCGUGAGCUUCUCCGUGCUGUGCCAAUGGCUAGCUCUUUCUACACCCUCUUUGGAGUGUAGUUUGAUAUUUUGUAAUCAGAAGCUCAUUUCACAAGCAGAAAAAGGCAACAAGUUAAUUAAAGCAAGGAAAAGUGUCACUGAAA